AUUUUUACAGCCCAGGGAUCAUGAGAUAUUUAAAAUCCUCCAAAGUUUUCCUUUAUUAGAGAAAACAGUUUAAAAUUCAUGGGGUUUAUUUACGAUGUUUCAAUUGGACCACUCAUGCAUUAACAAAAGGGCAAUAAGUGGACCAAUAAGUGGACCAUACAAAUGGGUAUGAAUUUCUGAAGUUUUGGGCGAAAACAGUGCAACAGUGCAAGAUGGCGCAGAGUAGUAAAGUGAUUUUAAUGACUAUAAUUUUAGGCUUAUUAAAACAGAUUUCAAGCAAAUGUAUGAGCCACGAUGAAAUGCUAGUGUAUCAUUGGAUAUCAGUGGAAUUCAAUUGGCCGAACGACACGAUGAAGCAGGAAUACAUAGACUCUGGGAAAUAUAUUCCUGAAAAUAAUGCAAUAAACGGGAUAAAGUUGUAUAAUGAUGAUGUGUAUCUCACUAUACCCAGACUUAAAGAUGGUGUAGCUGCUUCUCUGGUAAAGGUGGACAAAAGUCAAGUGAAUGAAGAGUCGCCUAAACUAAAUGCCUACCCCAGCUGGGAGAUGCAUACUCAAGGGGACUGCAAUAAACUUCAGUUGGUACAGAGCAUGGAGAUAGAUCCUGAGACAGGGCUUAUGUGGAUCUUGGAUACAGCUUACGUCCCUCGCUCACCUACGGAAGUCGCUGAGUAUUGCUCACCAAAGAUAGUGAUAUGGGACAUAAAUCUUAACAUUGAGGUAGACCGGUAUGUUUUCCCUGAAAGUGUUGUGUUACAGCGUUUCUAUCUUAAUGAUCUCGUUUUGGAUUACGGAUCUGAGAACGAGGUGAGAUAUGUCUACAUUAGUGACACUCUAGGAUGGAAGAUGGUCGUGUAUGAUCACAAAGAGAAAAGGUCUUACAGUUUUCUUCAUUCCAGUUUUGAAAGAGAUCCUGCAUAUGCUAGUAUUUUGAUAAAUGGCCAAAGUACUAUGGCUCCACUAGGAGUAAAUGGAAUUGCUAUGUCCUCUGAUUUCAAUGAAGUUUAUUACUGUCCACUUGCUUCUCAAACACUGUACAGUGUUCCAACGUCUGCUCUCCGAAACAACAAUUCCAACAUAAACGUCGCCGUAAAAACUCUCGGAAGCAAAGAUAUACAAUCGGAUGGACUUUAUUACGGUAAGGGAAGAUAUUUGUACUACUCUACUUUAGGUCAAAAUGGGGUGUACCGUUGGGACAUUGUAAAAAACAAUAAAGAAGUAUUGGUUCAAAACUCUGCAAUAGAAUGGGUAGAUUCCUUAGGUAUGGACGAAAACGGUUACCUUUGGUUUACCUCUAACAAUUUACAUACGUUCUUUGGUAAUAGCACCUCACCUGGCAAAACAAAUUAUUACGUAUGGAAAGUGUAUGUUGGCGAAAAAGGAUACCUAGCUGCUCCUAAAGGCAGCCCUAGACACACGUGCUCGGCGUCAACCUCAACAGGAACACACCCUGCAAACAUCGCAAACAAGUGGGUGUCAUUGGAAUACGAGUGGCCAACAUGCGAACAGAGAAAAGAAGCAGUAAAUUCAAACAAAUUCAUUUUUGAAAAUAAUGAAAUCAGUGGAAUUAGGGUGCAUGGCGGCAAAAUCUAUGUCACAAUACCCAGAACAAAAGAUGGCGUCGUUGCCACGCUUGGUAUUUUGAACGACCACUUUAUCAAGCCCUUUCCGUCAGCUGCCAUGAAUACGUUUGGCGAUUGUAACGCUUUGCAACUUGUUCAAAGCAUUGAAAUCGACAUGAAUACGGGUCAUAUGUGGAUUCUGGACACUGCCAUCGCCCACUCAUGCAGGCCUAAACUAGUUGUUUACGAUUUAUACAAAGACUCGGAAGCGUUUCGGUAUGAGUUUCCGGAAAGUGUGUUGGAUCAGGAAUACUUUCUUGAAGAUCUGGUCUUAGAUUAUGUCAGCGAUACUGCUGCAUUUGCAUAUAUUUCAAACUCUCUGGGUCACAGUCUUAUCAUAUUCGACAUCAAAAAUAGAACAGCUCGACAUAUAACGCAUCCGUCAAUGAAUUUUGAGAAACAAUACGAGAAUAUAACAAUAGCAGGUAUAACACACGGACCUUACAGAAAAGGCAUCAAAGGUAUCGCUAUUUCUCCAAAUUUUCAAUACGUUUACUACACACCUUUGGCCGGAAGAAAACUUUAUCAAAUUAAGACUUCUGUUUUAAGGAAUGAGAGCAGCUCUAGUACAGAUAUAGAGAACUCUGUACAAAUGGUUGGAAACAAGGCUUUCUCGAGCACGGGUCUUUAUAGUAGUAAAACUGGUUUAUACCUCACAGAUCUCAGCAGUGGAUCCGUCUACAAAUGGCAUUUUUCAACAUCAGGAACGUUCACACCCAAUCUUACUCCAAACCAAACUUUAGUGACUAAAAACUGUCUGUCUCAAUGGUUAGAAAGUCCUUUUGUGGAUGAGAAAGGACUUUUGUGGUUUACAUCUCGCAACGUUCAAGCAUUUCUGGGGAAUUCCACUACCACUGGAACGUUCAACUUCUUUACAUGGAAAUCGAAUGUCGGAGAUAAAAGUUAUCUUUCCGGACUAGUAAAGAAAAGCACAUCAACAGGGACCAGUUUGUCGAACACUUCAUUUAUAGGAGUCUUAAUUGUUUGCCUGCCACUGCUAUUUUACUCCCGAAUUUUCUAAACGAUUUAACUUGAAGUGACACGAGUUAUACAUUGUUGGCGGCUGCCGAUGAGUGUAGAACAAUAAAAGACAUUGAGACUUGUCAGAAAAGUACUUUAAAACAAACAAGUAAAUACUUUACAUCAUGUGAAUUUGUCGUUAAUCGUUUUUUGUUACCUUAAUAAUUUCAGAGAGUAUUGAAAUGAAAUGUAUGAAAGCAUUUAGAAACAUAAAGACACUAUCUCGAGAAAAUUCAUAGACAUUUAUAAACCAUAUCGCCUCGUUACUAUUGAUUUUGAAGCGCUUAAAAGUUUGCAGUGUUAUUUUCAUGUCACAUCAUUUUGUAAACCAUUCCGCUGUUAGUUAAUUUACUUAGUCAAUAUAAUUUAUGUAUAUACAAUCAGCAUUAAAAUAUUAAUGUAUGCAUGUACAAAGCAAAUAUUUUCCUCAUGUUUUUACCUAUAGUACAUUUUCUGUCGGGUCAUGCCCUGUGACAGAUAUUGCAGCAUAAUUUAUGCAGAACGCAUAAAAAUGUACGACCAGGCAUGAAAA